AUGAGCCCGAAUUGGAAGGGCGAAACCGGUCGUGGGCUGUCGGAGAGUUUUCAGCAACCUUAUCUAUGUAGGGAGAGAUGCGCACCCGUGAAGAAGGUUCAUAGAAUAUCAGCAGUAAAGAAACAUCCGUUGGCUUUGCAGCUCGAGACCAAUGGGUUGGAGCGCGAAUUUGCUGACCAGAAGGUCCGUGGUUUGAACCCGACCUCUGCCUCUCAACAUCCUCUGUCUAGGCUUGAGCAACCUGGCAGCAUCUCAGCCCUCGUGCUUCCUUCGGGUGACACGGUAGCUAGGCACCAAAAGGGUGUUGCAGCUAAGCGUUUUUUAUACAAAAGCGUUUUCAUAAAGGAAACUACUCACACGGUUGCUGAAAGCCCUUCGGCAGUCCAAGGCCGGUUUCGUCCUUCUUUGGGCUCGGAGUUUCCGUCAACAUUAUGUUCUACUGGAACCCAAAUUGGACCGACUGCAACAAAUACACUAAGUUGCAAAUCAAUUUUGUUUUCACGGGAGAAGCGUUUAUCUUACUUUUUUCAGUUGGUGCAACCAAAUGUUGCCAACUUCUCACGAUACUUCCUUCUAACUGAAGUGGUUGAUGUGCGACCAGAAACCAAGAAUCUUACCUACAAAAUUCGAUCAAAGUUCUGCAAUUUUCCACCAAAACACAAUCCAUUACUCAUCUGUAUGAACACCAAUCGUUUUAUUCUUGCAUAUUCGAUCAGUUUCUCCAAAAAGUUGUUUAUUUUGCGCCAUUCAAGUAUCAUAAGUCACGACAUUUGCUUCGUUGGGUAUUACUAUAUUGUUUUUACCGAUAGUGUGAGGAGAUUUGGUGAUUAUCAACAAAGGUUUCUCACGAAAGAAACUACUCACAGGGUUGCUGAAAACUCUUUGACAGCCCACUAUCGGUUUCGGCCUUCUUGUGGCUCAUCAGGUAGGCGCAGUCGCCGAGUUUCCGUCAACCUUAUGUUCUAUUUGAACCCAAAUUGGACUGACUGUUUUCGACAAAUACUCUCAUUGGCAAACCAAUUUGGUUGA